AGGAGAAAAAGCGAUGCUGUCAAGGGGUAAGAGCUAAGAAAGGGAUGGGGUGGUGUUAGUAGCUGGGGAUUGGGGUCAGAGGAAGCAUGGGAGAGGAAACCCAUGACUUCUCUGGGCUCCCAGCUCCACAGAGCAACAUUCCUGACAGCUCUGCUGCUACUGCUGCUGCUGCUGCUCCAAGUGAAAGGGGUGAAGACUCUGAUAGUGAGUGCAAGUUUGGAUGGUGACAAGAGUCAGAAAGACAAAGUGUCUUCUGAAGACCAGGGUGAGGAGGAGUAUGAAGAACACUUUGAGGCUUCAUCAGAGGGUGAGCAGUGGCAGGAGAUAGAUAUGGUCCAGCAAGAAGACAUGAUCUCCCAGGCAAUAACUCUCCAAGACCACCUCCUUGAUCUAGCCUUCUGCUUCAACCUGGCCAGCAUCAUGUUUUUUUUAUGAGAGACUUUGAGGUGGAGGCAGUAGUCUGGAUCCUUCAUGAGGACUUAGACAUCCACCUCCCCUUCCUGAUUGCUUACUGACCUCCUCUCCUAAAUGCCUCCUCAAAAUGCAUACCCUGGUCCCUGUCUCUAAGAAGCACCUGACCUUAGGGUAUAUCAACAGAGCUUUCCCAACUCUCAUAUCCACCAGCUAAUUGCCACCCCAACCCAGAAUUUCAUGUCCCGGGGCCAAAGACACGAAACCCACACCCUUCUCUCUUAAGCUUUGUCUGACAAUAAAGUAGCAAUUGCAAUAAAAUCCUGAAA